UCUUUAGGCAUUGGAUCCAGUCGUGUGUCUAGUCCGGAGCAGUUGAAUCAAGAGGAGUGAAGGAAACCAUCAAUAUGAAAAUCGCCAUUACCUUGCUGGCCGUCUGCUUGGGCCUGGUCGCUGCGACCAGUUUCCAUAAGACGCAUGAUGUGAAGAUUGCGGACCGUGGCUUCUUGGAGAUGCAAAAGUUCCUCUUAGAGUCUGUCCACCGCAUUGGAGAUCCUUGCAUGUUCCCCGAAAUCCAUAAGCUGGGCGCUAACUUCCACUUUGACAAAUCCUUCUAUACACACUAUGACAUCUACAUGCAGAAGUUCCAUGAAUCACACAAGAUGAUGGCACUGCUCCCCAAGGGCGAAUUCUUCGGCCAGUUGGUCAAGUCUCACGCCAAGCAGGCACGCGGUCUGUUCAACUUCUUCUACUACGCCAAGGACUGGGAGACUUUCAAGCAUAAUGUUGCCUGGGCUCGCAUGCACGUCAACGAGGGCAUGUUUGUUUAUGCUCUGACUUUGGCCGUCAUCCACCGCGACGAUUUCCAUGGCCUGAUGCUGCCAUCCAUCCAUGAGAUCUUCCCUCAGUUCUUCUUCAACAGCAAGUUUGUGUAUGAGGCCGAGAAGUUCGACUAUGAGAUGUGGAUGAAGAUCAACAUGUACGAGAAGGAAUAUCUGGAUGUCUACCACAAGGAGGGACAUGGCUUCCAUAACAUGUACCAGUACGGUGACUACAUGUACAUGAAGGACUGGAAGAUGUGGCAGUGGUGGAAACUGAUGGGUCUGGGCGAGCACUGGUACGGCGAGCACAAGUUCAUUCUGCGCGAGAACAUCUAUGAAUACAACCAAGACACCAAGUGGCAGCAAAUCAUGAAGGACCUUAAGGUUUGGUGGAUGCCUGUUGACUACACUCGCGAUCUCAACAUCUUCAACGAAGAAUCCAAGCUGUCCUACUUCACUGAGGAUUUGGGCUGGAACUCAUACUGGUACUACCUGAACUUGGAUUACUCCUUCUUCCUGGAUGGCAACACCUUCGGCCUGAAGAACGAUCGUCGUGGUGAGCUUUGGCUAUACACCGUGCACCAGCUGCUUUCUCGCUACUACAUGGAGCGUCUGUCUCAUGGUCUGGGACACAUUCCCGAGUUCUCAUGGUUCCACGAAAUCGAGAUGGGCUACGAUCCUCAGAUGAUCUACUACAACGGCAUUGGCUACAGCUACCGCAAGAACUACUACGAUAUGGAGACAUACGGCAACUUCGAUAUGCUUAACCAGAUCACUGGCUUCAUGAAGCGCAUCCACAACAUCAUCGACUUGGGCUACUACAAGACCGCCGAUGGUCACAUGAUCGAUCUGCGCAAACCCGAGUCCAUCGAGUACAUUGGCAGCUUGAUGCAAGGCAACAUUGACAGCAUGGACAAGAUGUUCUACCAGUACUGGUACAUGCUGGCCCAUAUGUACUUCGCCGACACCGACUUCCACACCAUGGAUGUGUACCCCAACGUUAUGCUUAACUUCGAAACUAUGAUGCGCGAUCCCAUGUUCUACAUGUUCUACAAGUCCAUUGUCGAGGUCUACUUCAAGUUCAUGCACUUCCUGCCCAAGUACACCAGCGAGCAGCUGCUCCUGCCAGGCGUCACUCUGAAGCAUGUGGAGGUCUCCGAGCUGGUAACCUACUUCGAUCUGGUUGACUUUGAUGUGACCAAUCUGAUGAACGACAAGAUGGUCUUCCACGAAGGCAAAUUCGUCUGGGACAAGUCUCUGUUUGCCCGCCAGAUGCGUCUUAACCACAAGCCCUUCACCUACACCUAUACCAUUGAGUCCGAGAAGGUUGAGAAGGUUGUUGUGCGCGCCUUCAUUGGCCCCAAGUUUGAUGAGUUCGGUCGCGUCAUCUCGCUGGCUGAGAACCGCAUGAACUUCAUGGAAGUGGAUGAGUUUAUAUAUGACCUGAAGGCUGGCAGCAAUGUCAUCACCCGCAAGUCCGACGACUUCUACUGGACCGUCAAGGAUCGCACCACCUACACUGAGCUGUACCACUACGUGAUGAUGGCCUUCGAUGGCAAAUACGAAUUCCCUCUGGACAUCACCGAGGCCCACUGCGGCUUCCCCGAUCGCCUAGUGUUGCCAAUGGGCUGGAAGCAGGGUAUGCCAAUGCAAUUCUUCUUCAUGGUUAUGCCAUACACCGCCCCCGCUACUCACGAGCAAUUCUCCACCUUUGACUACACCUACUCAUGCGGCAUUGGCUCCGGCUCUCGCUUCAUCGAUGACAUGCCAUUCGGCUAUCCCUUCGACCGUGAGAUCGAUGAGUAUGAAUUCUUCGUGCCCAACAUGUACUUCAAGGAUGUCGCAAUCCACCACGUUGACACCAUGGAGCCCUACUACAAGUACAAGGGCUACACCAACUUUGGCCACUUCGACUACACCUUCUUCCGCGACUACUACACCAAGUACUUCAAGUACUAAGCGGUGCAGCACAUGCAACAACCAGGCACAUAAGAUGGCGAACAUGGAACGAAUAAUUUGAAUUCAUUUCAAGCUUUAGUUUGUAAGUUAAGCAAAAAGUGAAAUAAACUUUCGAAAAACAAA